GAAGAAAAUAUUUGGAUAAGGAUUACAAAGUUUGAGAUUGUCUCAAAUUCAAGCGACCGACCUAUUGUUGCCGUUUGUUUAUUAAACUCAAACAAACAAAUUAUUUAAUUAUCAAAAAAAAAACAAACAAAUUAUUUAACCUACUGCCAAAUUACACAAACAAAAUUGAAUCAAGAACCCACCGCACGCACCACAAAGAAUGGCUUGGAAUUUCGGAAAUACCACCACCGCCUUCUUCAUCUUAUUUGUUUUCUUUCUCUCCGCCACGGCCACUACCACCACCGCUCCCACGGCGUACGAAGCAAUCGAAUCGUACGGAUUUCCAGUAGGGCUUCUCCCAAAAGGGGUAACACAUUACGAUCUUGAUACUUCUUCCGGCAAAUUCAACGCCUAUUUAAACGGUUCGUGCAGUUUCUCUUUAGAAGGUUCGUAUGAAUUGAAGUACAAACCCGAAAUCAGCGGGUACAUCUAUAAAGACAAGUUGACUAAUUUAUCUGGGGUGAGCGUCAAAGUGUAUUUUGUAUGGCUAAACAUUGUGGAGGUUAAGACAAGUGGUGAAAAUCUUGAAUUUUCAGUGGGUUUUGCAUCUGCUCAUUUCCCCAUUAUUAACUUUUAUGUUUGCCCGAACUGUUCUAAUUUCGACCAUAAUUAUGUUUCCUCUAUUUAG